CGGUCCUCGCGGCCAUUCCCGGGCGCCGCGCGCUUUGUCUGCCGCCUGCCGCGAGUGCGAGGCCUGCGCUGCGCCGCGGCCCGGGCGGGGGGGCCGCGCGGUGGCCGGAGCCCAGGUGACGGCGGCAGGGGCCCCGGGCGGGCGAGCGCAGAGCUAAACUCCAAUGUCCAGCAAUGGAUGACGACAGCCUGGAUGAGCCUGUGGACCAAAGCCCAGGGCCAGAUGGACACCUGCGGCUCAGCCCUGCUGCCCUGGCUGGUGAUGCUGGUACAGAAGAAAGCAGUGACGGCCACAGCGGGAGCUCUGAGGACGACAUGGGCAGCGAGCAGGAUGACAGUGACUGUACUGAGGACGAAGAUGGGGAGGGGGACCUGGCAGACGGAUCUGGUUCAGAAGAUUCUGAAGGAGGAGGAGGAGAUGGGGACACAGUGGCAGCAGAGGACGCUCAGGGGGAGCUGGAAGCCAAUGGCACGUUUCAUUCUGAUGAUGAUUCUGAGAGCUGCCCAAUUUGUCUCAAUGCCUUCCGGGGUCAGGCCGUGGGGACACCGGAGGAUUGUGCCCAUUACUUCUGCCUGGACUGCAUCGUGGAGUGGUCCAAGAAUGCCAAUUCCUGUCCUGUUGAUCGAACUGUAUUCAAGUGUAUUUGUAUUCGAGCUCAGUUUGGUGGUAAAGUCUUGAAGAAGAUUCCAGUAGAGAGCGCCAGAGCUGGAGAGGAGGAGGAGGAGGACCCCACCUUCUGUGAGGUGUGCGGCAGGAGUGACAGGGAGGACCGCCUGCUCCUCUGUGACGGCUGUGACGCGGGGUACCACAUGGACUGUUUGGAACCCCCUCUCCAGGAGGUGCCCGUGGACGAGUGGUUCUGUCCAGAGUGUGUUGCUCCGGGGGCCGCCCCUGCCAUUGAUGACAGUUCUGUGAGUGAGGAGGAGGUCUCCCUGCUCUUGGCCGAUGUGGUACCCACCACCAGCCGGUUUCGGCCUCACGUAGGAAGGACCCGGGCCAUUGCCAGGACACGGCAGAGUGAGCGAGUACGAGCCACUGUGAACCGGAACCGGAUCUCCAGUGCCCGGAGGAUCCAGCAGGUCCCAAGGUACCUCUUGUCUUCGCUGCUGGACGAGACCAUUGAGGCUGUGGCCACUGGCCUGAGCACUGCUGUGUAUCAGCGCCCCUUGACGCCUCGAGCCCCCACCAAACGGAGGAGGAAAACAGGAAGGCGGAAGAAAACUUUGGGAAGAAAGCAAGCCAAGUCAUCCGUGAAGAGCAAGAGCAACCGGGCGAGGCCUCGGAGGCGCCAGGGCCGUGGGAAGAGGAAAGAGGGGAAGCAGAAAAAGAAAGAAGUCACGGCUCGUUCUCGCAUUGCGCGGACACUAGGCCUCCGGAGGCCAGCCCGUGGAGCCUGCAUCCCAUCAGUGUACAAGCCAGCAGACCCCUCCCUGGGGUUGAUGCGAGCAGACAUCGGAGCAGCCUCUCUGUCUCUGUUUGGAGACCCAUAUGAGCUGGACCCCUUUGACAGCAGUGAAGAGCUGUCUGCAAACCCUGCUUCCCCUCUGAGUACCAAGCGGAGGAUUCUGUCCCACUCAGCACUGCGUUCUCACCAGCCUGUGGCUAGGCCUGUUUCCAUGGGGCCCCCCAGGAGGAGUGUGCCUGCCACGGCGCCCGAGCCUGACCUUUUGGGGAGCAUCCUGUCAGGCCAGAGCUUGCUGCUGAUGGACAGUGCCAGCAUCACCAUUCACCGCGACGGCUCCCUCAGCGCCCGGAGGGCCGCACCUGUUUCUAUCCAGCGAGGGGCUGCCUGUCCGUCCAGAGUGGGAGAAGGCCCUGGGUGCAGGGACCGCCUGCAGCUCAGAGCACAGCACCCAGGAGGCAGGUUGCAGAGCUGGGGGCCAGGAUGCCAGGCCACCCACUCCUGCGUUCCCGGGUUCCCAGCGGGGGUGACUGUGCAGCUGGAUUCCUCCAUGACCCCUCAGUCAGGGCAGGCUCAGAACACACCAGACGUGAGCAGGCCUGGCUUAAAACUAAGUGACAAGCCCCGAUUUACUGGCGACAGCAAGCAUGCUCCACCUCUUACAUUGGCUUCAUCCCAGACUUCAGCUGGCCUCUGUGACGCCCCACUGAAGAGUGCUGUGCAAGGGCAGACCCCAGGACCAGCUCCCAGGAGGACCAUCUCUGAGCUCCCCAGGAUACCAAAGGUCAGAUGGGAUGGCAGCAAUGCCCCAGCAGGCACAGCCCCUACCUGCGGGAAGCGUGUCGACAUUCCCAGCUCCUGCAUCAGCCGGUUGACGGGCAGGGAGGGGCCCGGGCAGCCCAGCCGCGGCACCCAGGCACAGGGUGAGCCCAGCAGUAGGGGCCCGCAGGAGCCUGGCAUGCAUGGGGCGGGUGGCACCCAGUCCACAGCCACGCCCGGGCCCUCUAGGGGGAAGGGCGUUAGCUCAACCUUCGAGAGCUUCCGGAUCAACAUUCCCGGGAACACGGCCCCUUCCAGUAAGAUCUCCAACCCUGGCUUCUGUAACACAUUUCGACCUGUGGACGCUAAGGUGCAAAGGAAGGAGAACCCCCCACCCCUCUUCUCCAUCAGGAAGGCAAAGCAGCUCAAGAGUGAGAUCUAUGACCCCUUUGAACCCACGGGUUCUGACUCCAGCUCCGCUGGCAGCAGCCCAGAGCACCUGGGCCCCAGUCUCCUGCCCUCUGAGAUCACUCGCACCAUCUCUGUCGACAGCCCAAAGGCCCCAGUGCUGCAGGCUGUGCGCUGUGUCACCUCCUACACAGUGGAAACUGGCUUUGGGAUGGAGCCUGAGCUCUCUCGGGCACCUCCCUCCAGCAUGCUCAAGCUCCGGGGCAAGAGGCCCACCGAGGGGGUCUCUGACACUGAGCCUGGGGGGGCCAUCAUGGGCCAAGAACCAGCUGUCUGGGCGCAGAGGCCGUCUCCGCCAGAUCCCUGGGAGGACAAGGACCAGCUGCCCUGCAGCACUUUCUUUGGCUCAGAGGAACGGACGGUGACCUGUGUGACCAUGGCUGAGCCAGGCACUCCACCACCGGCCACCCACCGCAUCGUGGAGCUGCAGUCCUCGCCCUGCUCGCACUCGACAUCCAGCUCCCGUGGCGGGAAGACAGACAAGAAGAAGCGGGCUGCUGCCAGGGAGCACAGGAGGACCCGCUCCAGCUCCCGCUCCGGGGACAGGACCUCACAGUCCAUGUCACCGCCGGCAGGAGAGGACCACUCCAAGAGGCAGCAGCUCAAGGCCAGGAGCCGGAGGUCCUCUAGCGACCACUCCAGUGGCCAUGAGCGGGCCAGGCGGAAGAAGGCCAAGGAUGGGGACAGGAGGAGGGAGAGGGGCUCUCGGAGCCGAGGCUGGCGGGGGUCCCGGUCCCGCUCAGGCAGCUCCGGCAGCUCCUCCCACGAGACCCGUGGGAGCAGAAGGCGGAAGCGAAGGUGGUCGGGAUCCAAGCCUUGGGAUCGGGAGUGCUCACCCCCCAGCAGCCUGGAGCGGGCACGCAGGCACUGGCACCCAAGGGGGAGGAGCCCCGAGCGGCCUCGAGACUGGCGGGGCUCCCACGAGUCAAGGAAACACAGGUCCCGGUCACCGAGCAUGGAGCAUAGGCCCCGGGAGCACCAGCGACCCCGCUCCCGGGAGAAGCAGCCGCAGCCCCAGUCCCAGUCUCCAGAGAGGAGUGUGGCACCCCCACCUCCAGAGGAGCUGAGGCGAGACCCGGAGCCACCAGCCUCAGCAGGGGCCAGUGCCUCGCCAGCCGGGGCCAUGGCUGAGCAGGCAGUCAUAGAGGUGCCGGCCACAUGUCCGCCUGGGGGCCUGGAUGCUCGCGAGGAUGGUGACUACAGUGAGGCAGGGCACGUCUUUGAGGACUUCCUGGGCGACGCCGUCUUCAUGCAGCUUGAGGACAUGAGCUCCCCACCCUCCCCAGAGAGCACGGACUCCUCACCGGAGCGAGACUGCCUACCCACCCCCAUUCUGCCCACUGCGGGCCAGCAGCAGGAUCCCGGCCUGGCUGAGGCCGCCAUCAGGCAAGAGGCACCACUGAGCCACCAGGAAAACGCUACGCAGCCCCCACCCCAGGCAGAGGGCCCCGGUGAGGAGCCCUCACUCCAGCAGGCCAUGAGGACUGGCGUCAUGGGAGCCCAGGCUAUAGAUGGGGUGCCCCCGGAGAGGGAAGGUGACCCCUCCCCACCACCCCUGCUGCGGGCUAAGGCGCUGGUGAAGAGAGUCACCUGGAACCUCCAGGAUGCGGAGCACGACGCGCCUCCGGGGGAUGGAGGCCUGCGCACGCCACCUCACAGGCUGCAGAGGCCCCAGGAAGUGAUCUGGGAAACAGAGGGUAUGGGCUCCACACUGGCAUUCCAGCAUGCUGCCUUCUCUGAGACCCCACCGCCCAGUUUUGUGCUUCCAGAACCUGGCUUCCCAGAUGCUGACCCCUCUCAGGUUUAUAGCCCUAGCUUGCCUCCCACCUCGGUUCUGCCCUCGAGCCUCCCACCCUACGCUCCUGUCAGCCAGCCCAUGGUCCAGUUCAUCUUGCAGGGGAGCCUUCCCCGGGUGGCCUGUGGGUCGGUGCAGAGCCCAGCCCCAGUGCUCACCGUGCUGACCACAGCCUCAGAGCCAGCUGGCCACACUGCCAGUAACUCAGAGGAACAGAUGGCUGUUCCCAGGCCAGCUGCGGAGAAGGCCAAGAAUGAGGAGUACAUGAAGAAGCUGCACAUGCAGGAGCGGGCGGUGGAGGAGGUGAAGCUGGCCAUCAAGCCCUUCUACCAGAAGAGGGAGGUGACCAAGGCCGAGUAUAAAGACAUCCUUCGCAAGGCCGUGCAAAAGAUCUGCCACAGCAAGAGCGGGGAGAUCAACCCUGUAAAGGUGAACAACCUGGUGAAGGCCUACGUGGACAAGUACAGGCACAUGCGCAGACACAGGAGGUCUGGGGCCGGGGAGGGGCCGCCUGCUCAGGGUGCUGAGGGCUGAGGGCUGGAUGCCUCUGAGGGGCGGGUGGCGGGACACUGGGGACCCACACUCCUCUCAGGGUUCCUGCACCACACGUGGCCUGUGCACCUGUCCUACUCAGGUUAGAACUGGACUUUUUAUAUGUACGCUGUAGAAACACACACUUGCCAUUGUGUUCUAAUUUAUCAAAAAUGAAUUAUCUGUAGAAGCUUC